AUGCCGUUAGGAAACGUGGCGAAAACAAUUGGCACUUCGUUCGGUCCCGCCCUCGAUGCGAUCGAACAAGAGUACUCUCGCCGAGGCAAAUUACAACAACAAGAACAACAGAAAACAACACAGCAGAAUGGAGAUAUAUACGUCCCAAAAAUCCCACACGCGUUACCAAUCAGUCGGAUGGCUAAAGACAACGCCUUUUUACGAGACGUUUUGAUUUACGACGAGAAGAAGAAAGUGAAACCGCGGUUGAGUUGGUACGAUCCGUACGACAAGACCUGGGUGCCGAAUAACUGGUUUCAAGACGGUUUAGCCGCGGAUAUGAAGUAUUAUUUCGGGGGCGCAAAUACGAGCGAGGCGAGCGAUGCGGCCGUGAAUGGACGGACGUGA